CUCUCUCUCUCUCUUCUCCCAACACAAGAUUCCUCAAUACCCCGCGCCCCACUCACUCUUUCUUAUGACCAACAUCACGUGCUUCUCCUCAGUUUUCUCUCUCUUCCCCAUUACAAAAUCCUCAUCCAAAACACUCUUCCACUGUUUCAUUUCUAUGUUCUAUUUUCACACACACAACUCUCUUCUCUGACAUAACAAUAACAGUGUCUUCAUGGACACUUCUACUAGAAAGAAGAAAAACAACACUCAUCAAGUUUUGCAACUUGGGAUGAGAAAUGCAGAAGAAAGUUCCAAUUUUUACAACAACCCACUUCAUUUUUUCAGGUCAUUUUUCAUUUGCAUCUUCUGGGUCAAUUUUUUGUGGCUUCUUUUACUUCCUGUGAAGCCAGUUUUGUGUGAAGAGCAAUGGGAUGGAGUUGUUGUAACACAAUCAAAUUUCUUAGCACUUCAAGCAUUCAAAGAAGAGUUAAUUGAUCCAAAAGGUUUCUUAAGAAGCUGGAAUGAUAGUGGCUUUGGAGCUUGUUCUGGAGGUUGGGUUGGAAUCAAAUGUGCUCAAGGAAAAGUGAUUAUAAUUCAGCUUCCAUGGAAAGGAUUGAAGGGGAGAAUCACUGAGAGGAUUGGUCAACUUGAAGGUCUUAGAAAGCUUAGUCUUCAUAAUAACCAAAUUGGUGGUUCAAUCCCUUCAACAUUAGGACUUCUCAACAAUCUAAGAGGUGUUCAACUCUUCAAUAAUAGGUUAACAGGUUCAAUUCCUGCUUCAUUAGGUUUUUGUCCUAUGCUUCAAUCUUUAGACUUUAGUAACAAUUUGCUCAUAGGUACAAUCCCUGAGAGUCUUGGAAAUGCUACUAAGCUUUAUUGGCUUAACUUGAGUUUCAAUUCUAUUUCUGGUUCUAUACCAACUAGCCUAACUAGUUUGAAUUCUCUCACUUUCAUAUCUCUUCAACAUAAUAAUCUCUCAGGUUCUAUUCCUAACUCAUGGGGUGGUAGCUUGAAAAAUGGAUUCUUUAGGCUUCAAAAUCUUAUCUUGGAUCAUAACUUUUUCACCGGUAGUAUUCCUGAUUCUUUAGGUAACUUAAGGGAACUUAGAGAGAUUUCUCUAAGUCAUAACCAAUUUAGUGGUCACAUUCCUCAAAGUAUUGGGAACCUUUCAAUGCUUAGACAGCUUGAUUUGUCACUGAAUAAUCUUAGUGGAGAAAUUCCAGUUUCCUUUGACAAUCUGCCUAGUCUUAAUUUCUUCAAUGUUUCUCAUAAUAAUUUAUCCGGUCCUGUUCCAACAUUACUAGCAAAGAAAUUUAACUCAAGCUCAUUUGUGGGAAAUAUUCAACUAUGUGGUUAUAGUCCUUCAACUCCGUGUUCCUCUCCAGCUCCUUCGGAAGGACAAGGUGCACCUUCUGAAGAAUUGAAACACCGGCAUCACAAGAAACUAGGUACAAAGGACAUAAUCCUCAUAGUCGCAGGAGUGCUCCUUGUAGUCCUGCUAAUAGUCUGCUGCAUCCUGCUCUUGUGUCUUAUCCGGAAAAGGAAAACAUCAGAGGCCGAGGGUGGCCAGGCCACAGGGAGAUCAGCUGCUGCUGCUACAAGGGCAGGAAAAGGAGUCCCUCCGAUCGCUGGAGAUGUUGAAGCGGGUGGUGAAGCUGGAGGCAAACUGGUUCAUUUUGAUGGACCACUUGCUUUUACCGCUGAUGAUCUCUUGUGUGCAACUGCCGAGAUAAUGGGAAAGAGCACCUAUGGAACAGUGUAUAAGGCAACAUUAGAGGAUGGUAGUCAAGCUGCGGUGAAACGAUUGAGGGAAAAGAUAACUAAAAGUCAGAGAGACUUUGAAUCUGAAGUUAGUGUUCUAGGGAGAAUUAGACACCCAAAUCUUUUGGCACUUAGAGCCUAUUACUUGGGACCUAAAGGAGAAAAGCUUCUGGUUUUUGAUUACAUGCCUAAGGGGAGUCUUGCUUCUUUCCUACAUGCUGAUGGACCUGAAAUGAGAAUUGAUUGGCCAACAAGGAUGAACAUAGCGCAAGGCAUGGCACGUGGUUUGCUUUACCUACAUUCACAUGAGAACAUUAUACAUGGGAAUCUUACUUCAAGCAAUGUGUUGCUUGAUGAGAACACAAAUGCUAAAAUAGCAGAUUUUGGUCUAUCUAGGUUAAUGACAACUGCGGCUAACUCUAAUGUGAUUGCUACUGCCGGAGCAUUGGGAUACCGAGCACCGGAGCUAUCUAAGCUUAAGAAAGCAAACACAAAAUCUGAUGUAUACAGUCUUGGUGUAAUCUUGUUAGAACUCCUAACAAGGAAGCCACCUGGUGAGGCAAUGAAUGGUGUGGAUUUACCUCAAUGGGUUGCUUCUAUUGUUAAAGAGGAGUGGACAAAUGAGGUCUUUGAUGUUGAUUUGAUGAGAGAUUCUUCAGCAAAUGGUGAUGAGUUGCUGAAUACUUUGAAGCUUGCUUUGCAUUGUGUUGAUCCUUCUCCAUCAGCACGACCAGAAGUUCAACUUAUACUUCAGCAACUUGAAGAGAUUAGACCACAAAUAUCAUCAGCCGUUUCUAGUGAUGAAGGAGCCAUCCCUUCCACGAGUGAAUAAAAUGCUUAACGUGUCGCAACUUUUGCAUUUUUUCUCUCCUUAGUUUAGAUAAAUGGUAUUUUGUUAUUCUUUCAUUCUUAUAUAUCAAUUAAAUUUUUGCCUGUUUGAGUGAUUGUGUAUGUACAUACCAAUGUGGCUUAAUUUAGUGAGUGUUUCAUCUAUAACACUUCAUCAUUUCAUAAUGGAAGCUAGUUGUUCAA